AUAUACACAUUGAAGUGCGGGUUUUUGUAGUCCAUACCAUGGCACUUUCAAAAGCAACAUUCCUCACCCGCCUGAAAACCGUCGCACAACCUAACCGCAACAUCCGAAUCCGACUCUGUCCACGCUUUCUCUCCUUCGCCUCACCAGUAGAAGCCGCCGCCGAACGCCGCCGCAGCCGCAUGCGACAACUUCGCAUCGAACCUCUCUCCGCCCUUAACCCCAACCAACAACAAUCACCCAAUGCAUACCCUAAAUCACAUUCUCCACCCUAUUAUCUCAACCCCAGUAACCCUAAACUCCCCGAACGCGCCUCCGCUUUAACGGGUAACCGUGUCAACCUUCACAACACUAUUCUAACCUUAAUCAGCAAAAACGAUCUCGACGAAGCUGCACUCUACACACGCCACUCCAUUUAUUCCAAUUGCCGCCCAACCAUUUUCACCGUCAACGCUGUCCUCUCCGCCCUCCUCCGCCAGUCUCGCUAUUCUGAUCUUUUAUCCCUCCAUCGUUUCAUUACUCAAGCUGGCAUAGUUCCUAAUAUCAUUACUCACAAUCUCAUCUUUCAGACUUAUCUCGAUUGCCGCAAGCCUGAUACUGCUCUUGACAAUUUCAAACAGUUCAUCAAGGAUGCUCCUGUUAACCCUUUGCUUACCACUUUCCGCAUUCUUAUUAAGGGGUUGGUUGAUAACAAUAGGCUUGAUCGUGCUUUAGAUAUUAAGAAUCAAAUGCAUGCUUUGGGUUUUGCACCUGACCCGCUGGUUUAUCAUUAUUUGAUGCUGGGUCAUGCUAGGAGUUCUGAUGGGUAUGGUGUUUUAAGGGUUUAUCAAGAGUUGAAAGAGAAGCUAGGUGGGGUUGUGGAAGAUGGGGUUGUUUUGGGGUGUUUGAUGAAGGGGUAUUUUCUCAAGGGGAUGGAGAAGGAGGCUAUGGAGUGUUAUCAAGAGGUUUUUGUAGAGGGAAAGAAGAUGAGUGACAUUGCUUAUAAUUCGGUGCUUGAUGCUCUUGCCAAGAAUGGGAAAUUUGACGAGGCAAUGAAGCUUUUUAAUAGGAUGAUCAAGGAGCAUAAUCCUCCAGCUAAGUUGGCUGUUAAUUUGGGAAGCUUUAAUGUCAUGGUGGAUGGUUAUUGUGCCGAGGGAAAAUUCAAGGAGGCGAUUGAAAUUUUCAGGAGCAUGGGUGAGUCUCGUUGCAAGCCAGAUACAUUGUCAUUUAAUAACUUGAUUGAGCAGUUGUGUAAUAAUGGGAUGAUUUUGGAAGCUGAGGAGGUUUAUGGAGAAAUGGAGGGCAAAGGAGUGAACCAUGAUGAGUAUACUUAUGGCUUGUUGAUGGAUACUUGUUUCAAAGAGAACAGGCCUGAUGACGCUGCUAGCUAUUUCAAAAAAAUGGUGGAGUCGGGUUUGAGGCCUAACUUGGCUGUUUACAAUAGAUUGGUUGAUGGGUUGGUUAAAGUUGGGAAGACUGAUGAUGCCAAGUCUUUCUUUGACCUAAUGGUGAAGAAGCUCAAGAUGGACGUUGCUAGCUAUCAGUACAUGAUGAAGGUGCUGAGCAAGGCAGGAAAGUUGGAUGAUGUGCUUCAGAUUGUUGAUAUGUUGUUGGAUGACAAUGGUGUCAACUUUGAUGAGGAAUUCCAAGAGUUUGUUAAGGUGGAGUUGAGAAAAGAAGGGAAAGAAGAGGACUUGGCCAAACUGAUGGAGGAGAAGGAAAGAUUGAAAGCUGAAGCUAAGGCUAAGGAGGCUGAGGCAGUAGAAGCUACUAAAAAUAAAAAAGGACCUGGAAUUAUAUUAACUUCCAUGAUGCAUGGUAACAAGGAAACAGAGUCAGAGAGCUCUGAUGCCACUGCUACUGAGUCAGAGCUGGUAGAGAAAACAACUGAAACUGCUGAUUCCGACGAAGGAGAGGCUAAAAGUGAUAGAGCAAGUGAACAACUAACAGCUUGAAGGCGCCUUUUGCUUAUUUGCAUUUGAUUGCUAGGUCAUGCUUAUGUAGUUGCAGAUUAUUGCGUAAGGACUGCAUCAUACUUUUGAAGUUGUGCAUUGUAAGCUUAGGCUAUAAACAACACAAAUCAAUUGCAAGCCAAAUAAAUGUUAAAUGCUGUAAUAGUGAUUAUUCAAAAUCUACUAUUAUGGCCUUGAUAUAUGCUUUUUGUUCA